AUGAUGGUCUCGACACACAAGCUGUCGCUUGUGAUCCUGUUGAUCAGUUUGGUCUCAUUUAGUCUUGGGGCCAAGCUGGAAGAGAAAGAUGACAAGCUUUCCGAGUUCUUUGAAGCUCGCGAAGGUCGUAAACUGAACGGAUCGCCUCAGCUGUAUUUCAACCAUUUGUCGCGUACUGAUGUUAGAGUUCAGGCUGGACAUACUGGUGCUAUCAGUGGACAUAUGCCUACAAACAGUGGACAUAUGCCUGUUCAUCCACCAACCAAUAGUGCCCACAUGCCGGUUCAUUCUCCAACCAACAGUGGACACAUGCCUGUCCAUAUGCCCACUAACAGUGCUCACAUGCCCGUUCAUGCACCAACUAACAGCGCUCACAUGCCCGUCCAUAUGCCUGUUCAUGUACCUGAUGACUGUGCCGACAGUGGCAAGGGUGGCAAGGGCAAGGGUGGCAAAGGAAGCAAGAAAUCAUGCAGCAAGAGUAACAAACGAAUGGGUAAAGGAAAGGGAAGUAGUAGUAGUAGUAGUAGUAGUAGUAGUGGUAAAGGAAGUGGAAAGGGAAAGGGAAGUGGUAAAGGAGGAGGCAAGGGCAUGGUUCACAUGCCAUCAAUGCAUCCAACUCCCCAUCCGACUCAUCCUCCAACGCACCCACCCACUCACCCACCCACUAUGGCUCACGUUCCCGCUGGAAAGGGUAAAGGUGGCAAAGGCAAGGGGGGAAGCAGUAGUAGUAGUAGCGGCAAAGGAGGAAAGGGCGGAAAAGGCAAGGGUGGAAGUAGUAGUAGUGGCAAGGGUGGAAAAGGAAAGGGAGGUCGCAUGUACCAAUCUGAUCACUAUGUCGCACCCGUUCACGGUAGAGCUGGCGUUGAUGAAGAGGAUACCCCCGAUUUGAACAUUGCUCGCCAAUCAAACAUUCACCCUCUAGAUGAUGGUGCUAAAUUUGAUGGUGAUGAGUACGAAAUGCCCGAACACCACUACAACUUUGGUCCUCGAGAUGCUGCUGAUGGAGACGAGGAUGAAGAUGAGUACGAAAUGCCCGAACAUCAUUACAACUUUGGACCUCGAGAUGCGGCUGACGGAGACGAGGAUGAAGAUGAGUACGUGAUGCCCGAACAUCAUCACAACUACGAUAAGAGUGAUGAAGCAGAUGCUGAUGCAGACGAGUACGAAAUGCCUGAACACCAUCACAACUUUCACCCUCUAGAUGAUACUGCCACCACAGCUACCUUUGAUGGUGAGGAUGAGUACGAAAUGCCUGAACAUCAUUACAACUAUGAAAAGGAUUCUGACGAGGAUGAAGAUGAGUACGUGAUGCCCGAGCAUCAUCACAACUACGAUAAGACUGAUGGAGUAGAUGCCGAUGCAGACGAGUACGAAAUGCCUGAACACCAUUACAACUUUCACCCUCUAGAUGAUACUGCCACUACAGCCACCUUUGAUGGCGAGGACGAGUACGAAAUGCCUGAACAUCAUUACAACUAUCACCCUCUUGAUGGUGACGACAGGAAAUAA